UUCAACCACCAUAAACAUCGAUAAAACAGCUGACAGUUUUCCAAAUUCAUUUUUAUAAUUAGUUAAUUGCCCACAUCGGCAGAUUUAUUAGAAAAUAUUCCUACUAAAAAGAUAUAAAGAUGAAUGAAGCAGAUAGUUUUGCUGAAAUAUUUAGAGGCGGCUUUCCUCAUUUUCUACUUAUUGUUUUUUCUAUGUUGUUACUAUGUUCACCGGUAAUGCCAAGCGAAUUCGAGGUUAUUUCCAUGUCCAAGUACGAUUUAAAUGGGCAACAUUAUGGAAGCCGUGUUUCUGCAAUAUCCCUAGAAGCCAGAUCAUUGUAUUCAUGGAACACGUCUAGGCACUGUAUUCUCACACGGUUAACCGACUUGUCUAUACAUGAUUUCGACAAGUUAAGGCAAAGUGCGGGAGGAUUAGUUCUAAUGUUGCCAUUGAGUAUAUUGGAUUUGGACUUAGAAACCAAAGAACUUAUAACCAUUUUAGAGCAAUCUAUGCUGACACACACAGCAGCAGUGCCAAUUUACUUUGCCCCGUAUAAUAAAGAUUUGGAAAAGAUCAUCGAUGACAUUACCUACACGACCACGGACAAUGUGGGCCAAAAUCAAACAGCGCUGGGACAAUUAAUUGUUACAGUUUCGGCAAACAGAUACCACGUUAAUGUCGGUGGUGGAAAUAUUGUUGCCAAUAAAAAUAGUAAAAUUCCCAUUAUCCAGGGCGAGCUGAUACCAAAUCAGUUGGCCUUAAAACCCACGGAAUCUGUUGGCGAUGGUCAAAAACUUCCCGUCAUCCUAAUAACCGCGAAUCUGAAAACUUUUGGGAUAUACAAUGAUUAUCCAGUGAAUGCUGAUGCCGCCGUUUUACUUGUGCUAAUGGAACUGUUCAGUAAACUGCAUUAUACUUCUAGUAUGGCACCCAAGUACCGACUCAAAUUUUUGCUUUCCGACGCUGGCGUCUUAUUAAAUUUCCAAGGCUCGAAAAAGUGGCUUGAACUUGAUGAUAAUGCGCUGCAGAAUGUUGAGUUUGUGCUUUGUCUGGAUACUAUAACAGAGAGUUUGUCUUACACCACAGACAAUGCUUUGUAUAUGCAUGUCUCAAAGCCACCGAAAGAUAAGACAUCUAUUAGCAAUUUCUUCAAACUUCUGAAAUCAUCAGCAGAAAAAUAUUCGAAUGGCUUAUCGGUUGAGGGUGUGCAUAAGAAAAUCAACCUAGCUGACACCAAACUUGCAUGGGAGCACGAGAGGUUCAGCAUAAAGCGCUACCCUUCGUUCACACUAUCAUCGGUAAAGAGUCCGAGAAGCCCUAUCCGGACCACUAUUUUCAAAAACGAUGAGAGUCAAAUUGUAGAACACACACUCAACACGUCUCGAAUUAUUGCGGAAGCUCUGGCUAGUUUUAUGUACAAGGUGGACCCAAUUUCCAGCAUAUUCGAUGGGCAGUUGGCCAUUAAAGAAGAAAACAUCUUGCCAUACUUUGGACUUAAAUCCAUAUUACAUAAUAACGAUGUGAAGGAUGCUUUUGAAAAAUACCUUAAUAAUGUAAAAAUCAUAUACGAUAAGCCCGAUGGUAGAGAUCCAGAAUUUAUGUUCUAUAAUGAGAACGAUGUGAAACUUAAUGUUUAUAGAGUUAAGCCUGCGAUCUUUGAUCUCUUCCUAACUAUUGUUAUUGGCGUUUAUCUUUUGACUGUAUACCUCGCCAUACAAUUCUUCCCCCGGUUUUACGAUGAAGUAUCGAAGUUAACAAAAGAGGACCCUGUGGGUCAAGUAAAUGGACACUCGUCUGAACGACUUAAAAUGAAAUCGCAUUAGUAAAAAAAAUUAGAAAAGAGUAAUGUAAUAUUUGCAAGUAGGAAAAUGUCUGUCGAAAAUUAUUUUUCAAAUUUUACCAAUGCCUAUUUAACGAUUGUUACUUUAAAGAUAAUAAACUCUAUAAAACUGUAGAAAUUUGAUCAUAAUUGUCCUAUCUAAAGUAUUUUUUUGUUCAUACUUCCAAUUAAAAAACUUUAUUAUUAUAA